CACUUCAUUGUUAUUUAGUAAGCUGACGAUGUGGUGACUUGUGCUCAUUUCUUCGCUUUAUCUUUUAAGUGCACUUCAGCCCAGAUCUUUCAUAAUAAGAGCGUGUGUAUACUUAAACGGCUGAAAGCAAUUGCAUUUGGAAGUUACUGCUUUGAAGUUGUGUUCCCAGAGUGAGUUACAAUAUGGCGGUGGCCGAUGCAAAUAGUUUCUGCAAGAUUACAGAAUAUUUUGACGAAAAAUUUUUCGAGGAAGCGCUUUCAAAAGGAUUGGGCUGCAGAAAUCUUCGAAUCAUUCGAUUGAAGUUUUCAAUGGGAGCCGAGGGCGGUGAUUAUUUUUCCAGUUGGCUUUACCGUGUUGAAGCUCUUUAUUCAGUGGAAGACUCUACAGCCAAGAAGAUUUCUUUAAUAUGCAAGAUGUGUAAUGUGGGCGAUAAAGUCGGUUUUGAAGUGAACUCAUUUACUAAGGAAAAAAGAAUGUAUGUGGGUAUACUGCCAAAAUUGCACCAGAUAUUGAGAGAUGUGAAAUUUGCUCCACAAUGUUUCCAUACGGUAGAUGAGCCAGCAGCCACAUUUAUUUUGGAGGACAUGAAGGCUUCACAUUAUUCUUUAGCAGAUCGCUCUGUGGGCUUAGAUGAAAACCAUUGUCGUGUGGUUCUGGAAAAGCUGGCACAAUUUCACGCCGCUUCCAUUUUACUCAUCGAUAGUAACCCAGUGAUCAAAGAGACACGAGAGCUACAAGGAGGACUGUUUUCAUCCCUAGAUUUGAAGGUCAAAAGGCACGAAAAAUUCGUUCGUCAAAAUUUGAAUUUUCUUAUCGAACACACCAAAACUUGGCAGGGAUACGAGGAAGUCACAGAAAAAUUAAUUAAACUUGAUGAACACAAAUUGCUCAACCGAUUAACAGAUGCUUUGCAAAUUUCACCCGACAAUGUAGUAGUCUUAAAUCAUGGCGAUAUGUGGACCAAUAACUUUCUAUUUAAAUACUGCAAACUUCAACAAACACCAGUGGAUGCAGUCUUAAUCGAUUUUCAGAACAGUGCGUUUGGAAGUCCAGGAAUUGACGUGAACUACUUUUUGGCAUCUAGCCCCAGACUGGAUGUUUUAGAAAACAAAAAGGAUUAUUUAAUUGAAGAGGUCUACUAUAGGGAAUUCAAAAGUACCCUCGAAAAAAAUGGUUGCGAGUAUAUACCAAGCUUGCAGAUCAUAAGAAAUGAAGUGAGAAAAAAUAUGGUUUUUGGUUUCGUCUGCUGUAUCGGGUUUUUCCCAAUUCUGCUAAUGAAUAAAGAAGAAUCAAUCAACAAUUCCCUCAAAAGUUUUGCAAAUCCAAACGCACUAAAAUCCGCCAUUUCUACGGAACGGUACUUAGAUAUGAUGCGAUUCUGGUUAAAGGAAAAUGAUCAAUAUGGUCUAUUUAACAAUUAAGGAAAUGUUUCAGGAUUCGACAUAAAUGGGUGUAUUCUUUGUGGAUAUGUAACUACCAGAAGGUAAAAGAGUUUUUCUUACUCUGCCAAAUCCGCAUAAAUUUGAAAAACAUAUAGGUUUAAGCACUGGUAAAAAAUAGCCUGCAUUAAAAAAACUUAAAUAAUUAA